AUGCAGCUACCAAUAUUAGCUGUUGCUUUGCUUGUAGCAAGCACGUCUGUCAUAGCUGCACCAGCUCAUAGACAAUCUCAACUCAACAAGCAAGCUAUUCCACAGUUGUCUACUCAGGAGCAAAUACAGAGUGGAAAUCAUUUCUCUGACGGGCUUCGUGGGUUCGUCAAACGAUGGAAUCUGUUCAACAACCAAGAGGUCAAUGACCAAGAGGAGCACAUCAAACAUCGGUUCACCUAUCCCAUCAAUCGUGCACCAGCCGACGUCCGCGCGGACACAGAUUCAGCGGCGGGCCCUCCAGCGACAGCUCCUCCGGCAUCCGCCCCUCCAGCAUCCGCCCCCCCAGCAUCCGCACCGCCGGCAUCCGCUCCACCAUCAUCGGCUCCUCCGGCAUCCCCUCCUCCAGUGUCCGCUCCCCCAGUGUCCGCUCCCCCAGUGUCCGUUCCCCCAGUGUCCGUUCCCCCAGCUCCUCCGGGUACCGAACCCCCAGUAUCGCCUCCGGUGCCAACGCCCACGGGUCCCAUCGUCACUGGAACCGGCGGUCCUAUAGCAGGAGGCAACUCCUCUGCCGCAGGUGUUUUUCCCAACUCCACGAGCAUUGCUCCCCUACCUACACCCUCCAAUGCAACUCUCACAGCCCCUUUACUCACCUCAGCAGCACCCUCCAUCCCAGCAGUCACUCCCUCAGCAACACCAGUAGCCCCACCAGUUUCCUCAAGCAGCGUCGCUGUCGUGGUGCCCUCAAUCACAUCCCCGAUUCCAGGCAUCAGCUCCGCCAGCGCCGUCGUCGUGCCUCCCUCAGCAACAAGCAACUCUGCCGCCGGCCCAGUCGUCAUCACUCCCGGUGUAGGCGGUGCCGCCUCCCCGACCACGACUCAGACAGUCCUCAUCACCGCAGACCCCCCAGCCGCCAACGGCGCCCCUGGCGUCAUUGUCGUGAGCAUUACCCAAGCAGCCGGCGAUCCUGUUUCCGUGCCCGCUCCCACAACCGCAGCCGCCACCAAUUUCAUCACCAUCGCCAAUUCCCAGUCCUUCGCCAGCACCACCACCGUGAUCAUCGACGCCUUGGUCUCUCAGCCAGCUGGCUUUUCCGUCUUCUCUGGCAUCUCGGGGUUUCCCGAUAACUCUGCAACUGCCAUCGCUCCCUCCAUCGCAACAGCACAAGCAGCAGCUCCAACAGUUGUAGUAAUCGACAUCGUCCCUGCCCCUUCCUCAGCCGCCGCGGGAGGCCAAGCAGCUACCAGUAAUGGCUCCAAUGGCUCUGUUGCCAACUCCAUCGCAGGUGGUGGCUCCUUAGCACCUAUCAUUGUCACGACAGUGACUGCCCCCGUCAUCCUUCCCACCGCCCCACCUACUCCGGUCAUUGUCACUGUCACCAACUCCAAUAAUGCAGCCAACUUGCCAGCUCAGACGGCGGUUGCUAGCACUGUUACUAUUACUCUUGGCAGUGGCGGCGGCGGCGGCGGUAGCGGUGGUGGUGGCUCGGGAUCAGGACCAGAAACAACGACAGUAACUGCCGCUCAAGCUCCUCAAGCCCCAGCUCCAAGUAUCAUUUUUGUAACGGUAACUGCUAGCCCAGUCACUGCCAACGCUCCUUCAAAUACCGGCGCCGGAGCGGGAGGUAGUGGUGGUAGUGGUUCUUCCUGGAGUUGGACUACUACCUUCCCUGGUUUCACGUGGUCUUGGACUUCUUCUGGGUCUACUACUGGGUUUGCUACUGCUGCACCGAGUGCCUCCGCCCCCGCCGCCCCAGGCUCAGGUUCCGGAAGUGGUGCUGCUGGCGGUGGUGGUGAAGUCGGUAAGGGAGACAGAACAGGCUGGCCGUUCCCAUCGGCGACGGAGGUGGUGACGGCUGUGGCGACGAGUCUUGUGGCGGUGCCGAGUGGGAAUCCAGAUAAUGAAAAGGGCGGUUUAUACUUGGCACAAUGA